AUGGCCACCGAUGCAGUCGAGGCAAGGCGCCUCCAGCGGGAGACGCACCACGAAGCCGACGUCGUCGUCGUCGGCGCUGGCAUCUUUGGCUGCGCGGCCGCCUACUCCCUCGCCGAGCAGGGCCGCUCCGUGCUGCUCCUCGAGCGCUGGAUGCAGGAGCCGGACCGCAUCGUCGGCGAGCUGCUGCAGCCAGGCGGCAUCCAGGCGCUCAAGAAGCUCGGCCUCGGCCACUGCGUCGAGGACAUUGACAGCAUCACCUGCCGCGGCUACAACGUCAUCUACCAGGGCACCGACGUGCUCAUCCCCUACCCGACCAUGGACGACCGCGGCGGCGUCCCGCACCAGUGGUCCGGCUCCGGCAAGGAGGGCAAGCGCGAGAUCGGCAAGGGCUUCCACCACGGCCGCUUCAUCAUGCAGCUGCGUCGCGCCUGCCUCGCCCACCCCAACAUCACCGUCCGCGAGACCGAAGUCGUCAAGACGGUCCGCGGCGAGCACUCGGACCACAUCCUCGGCGUCGAGACGCGCACGACAGACCCCGAGACGCGCGUCAAGACGCCCGACUACUUCUUUGGCCAGCUCACCAUCAUCGCCGACGGCUACGACUCCAAGUUCCGCAAAGAGGUGACGACGACGAAGCCCGUCGCGCGGUCCAAGUUUUACGCCCUGGAGCUCCACGACGCCAGCCUCCCCGCGCCCGGUUACGGCCAUGUCAUCAUCGGCGACGCCUACCCGAUCCUGCUGUACCAGAUUGGCACGCACGAGACGCGCGCGCUGUUUGACGUGCCGCACGGCAUCCCCGAGGCGGCGCCCGCGGCCGGCGGCGUCAAGAACUACCUCGCCAACCACGCCAUCCCCGCCCUCCCCAAGGCCGUGCAGCCCACGGCCCUCGCCGCCCUCGCCGACGGCAAGCUGCGCAGCAUGCCCAACAGCUGGCUGCCGCCGACGCAGCAGACGCCGCGCGGCAUGGUGGUGCUCGGCGACGCCAUCAACAUGCGGCACCCGCUCACUGGCGCCGGCAUGACGGUCGCCUUCAACGACGCCGUGCUGCUCGCCGAGCUGCUGCACCCGGCGCGCGUGCCGAGCCUCGGCGACGAUGGCGCCGUCCAGGCCGCCCUGCACACGCUCUACUGGCGCCGCAAGAACUACACGGCCAUCCUCAACGUCCUCGCCCAGGCCCUCUACGCCCUCUUCGCCGCCGACGAUCCCCAGCUGCACGCCCUCCGCAUGGGCUGCUUCGAGUACUUUCGCCGCGGCAUCACCGACGGGCCCUGCGGCAUGCUCGGCGGCAUCAUCCACCGGCCGGUGGUUCUGGCGUACCACUUUUUCUCCGUCGCCUUUGUCGGCAUCUGGAUGCACUUUAUCGAGACAAUCACCAGCGGGCCCGGGCCGCUGGGUGUGCUCAAGGCCCCGAUUGCCAUGAUUGACGCCGUGCUCAUCCUGGCCAAGGCGUGUGUGGUGUUUCUGCCCCUGAUUUGGAGAGAGGGCUUUCGGUGA